AUCCGCCGUCUCUCAGCCACUUCUGUCUCUGCUCUGUUCUCUUCUUCCUCCUGCGCCUUCCCAAAACCUCACAGGGAAAUAGGAGGCGAAAAUGGCAGGGAAAUCUAACAAGGGGAGGAAUAGGAGAGGAUCGCACAGUGCUACAAACUCUUCAGAACCAGUUGGUUCGUCUGAUUCACAAAUGAAAGAUAAUGUAACUGCUUCAGGGUCAAACCAAGCUGAGGCUAAUGGAGUCAUGGCUACUGCUGAAUCAAAUAACACAAAUUCAGAAGUGAAGGAGUCAGAAACUGCAAACACGAAGGACGGGUCAAAGCAAGGUGAAAUUAAUCUUUAUCCUGUUUCUGUCAAAACACAAGGGGGUGAGAAACUGGAACUGCAAUUAAACCCAGGUGAUUCUGUUAUGGAUGUGCGGCAGUUCCUUCUUGAUGCUCCAGAGACCUGUUUCUUUACCUGCUAUGAUUUAUUACUGCACACUAAGGAUGGUUCAGUUCAUCAUCUGGAAGAUUACAAUGAAAUCUCUGAAGUUGCUGACAUUACUACUGGUGAUUGCUCAUUGGAGAUGGUUGCUGCGUUAUAUGAUGAUAGGUCUAUCAGAGCCCAUGUUAAUCGUGCACGAGAAUUACUCUCUCUUUCCUCACUUCAUGCAUCAUUAUCAACAUCACUUGCCUUACAGCAUGAGACAUCCCAAACUACAGCUUCAAGUUCAGGAGAUCCAGUGAAAACAGAAGUUCCAGAGCUUGACGGUUUGGGUUUCAUGGACAAUGUUGCUGGUUCCCUAAGUAAUUUGUUAUCUUCUCAUUCAAAGGAGAUCAAAUGUGUGGAGAGUAUUGUGUUUUCAUCCUUCAAUCCUCCUCCAAGCAAUAGGAGGCUAGUUGGAGAUUUGAUUUAUCUGGAUGUAGUAACAUUGGAGGGUAAUAAAUUUUGUAUUACGGGAACCACAAAAGUGUUUUAUGUAAACUCAAGCACGGGAAACCUCGACCCAAGGCUGAGUAAAUCUACAUUUGAAGCUACCACCCUUAUUGGUCUCCUACAAAAAAUUAGCUCAAAGUUCAAGAAAGCUUUUCGGGAAAUUUUGGAGCGGAAAGCCUCUGCGCAUCCUUUUGAGAAUGUUCAAUCUCUCUUGCCACCAAGUUCAUGGUUGGGAUUGUACCCAGUUCCUGAUCACAUACGUGAUGCAGCAAGAGCUGAGGAAGCAUUGACCCUUUCUUAUGGAAGUGAGCUAAUUGGCAUGCAAAGAGACUGGAAUGAGGAAUUGCAAUCUUGCCGGGAGUUUCCCCAUACAUCUCCUCAGGAAAGGAUCUUGCGGGAUAGGGCCCUCUACAAAGUGACUUCUGACUUUGUUGAUGCAGCAAUAAGUGGUGCUAUUGGAGUCAUCAGCAGAUGUAUACCCCCAAUAAAUCCUACUGAUCCGGAAUGCUUUCACAUGUAUGUUCACAACAAUAUAUUCUUCAGUUUUGCUGUUGAUGCGGACCUUGAUCAGUUGUCUAAGAAGCGUGCAUCAGAUCCUAUUUCAAAGAUUGAGAGCAGAAACUUGUCACACAAUUCAUCUGAAAAGGCUUCCAAUGAUUUGUCGCAUGGAACUAGUGGAACUUCCAAUGGGGAAAAUUGUGAUGGCUCAAUGAAACUGGAACUUAAUGGUGUACAGGAGUUGGCUCCUGAUGUUUCUUCUGAGACUCAAUCGAUCGACAGUGAGCAGGCUACUUAUGCCUCUGCAAAUAAUGAUUUGAAAGGCACCAAAGCAUACCAGGAAGCUGAUGUUCCUGGACUUUAUAACCUUGCUAUGGCCAUUAUUGAUUACAGGGGUCAUAGAGUUGUAGCUCAGAGUGUUUUACCCGGCAUCCUUCAAGGGGAUAAAUCAGACUCUCUUCUGUAUGGUUCGGUUGACAAUGGCAAGAAAAUAUGCUGGAAUGAAGACUUUCAUUCCAAGGUGUUAGAGGCAGCCAAACACCUUCAUUUGAAGGAACAUACAGUCCGUGACGGUUCUGGGAAUGUUUUCAAAUUAGCUGCACCAGUGGAAUGCAAGGGCAUUGUUGGUAGUGAUGACAGGCACUAUCUUUUGGACCUCAUGAGAGUAACUCCUCGUGAUGCAAACUAUACUGGACCUGGGUCCCGAUUUUGUAUUCUGAGACCAGAAUUGAUCACUGCCUUUUGCCAGGUAAAGGAUAUUAAAAAAAAGACUAAAUCUGGGGGUGAGGUUCAUGUAGCCUCUGAUUCUCCAAAAGCUUCUAGUGUUGAUGAACAAGUGAGAACUGAGGCAAAUGAUGCUGUAGCUUCUGAUUCUCAGGAUUUGACAAUUGAAGGGAAGAUUGAGGCUGCCCCAGACUCUGCUUCUGCACAUGCUGAAAGCACUGAAUCGUGUGAGGAAAUGUUUUUUAACCCUAAUGUCUUUACCGAGUUUAAGUUGGCUGGGAGUCCAGAGGAGAUUGCUGCUGAUGAAGAAAAUGUGAGGAAAGCUAGUUCUCAUCUUACAGAUGUUGUACUUCCCAAGUUCAUACAAGAUCUUUGCACCCUUGAAGUGUCGCCCAUGGAUGGGCAAACAUUGACAGAAGCACUCCAUGCUCAUGGAAUCAAUGUUCGCUAUAUUGGAAAAGUAGCUGAUAGGACCAAACAUUUACCUCAUCUAUGGGAGCUUUGUUCCAACGAGAUUGUAGUUAGGUCUGCAAAGCACAUUCUGAAGGAUGUUUUGAGAAAUACUGAGGAUCAUGAUAUUGGGCCUGCAAUCUCACAUUUCUUCAACUGUUUCUUUGGAAGUUAUCAAGCUGUUGGUGUAAAAGCUACUGCUAAUAGUACACAAGCCAGAACCUCAAAAAAGGACCAUGCGGGCCAUCAUACUUCAAGCAGGUCUUCUAAAGCUCAAGCCAAGUGGAAAGCUGGAGCAUCUGCAAGAAAGAAUCAAUCCUCAUAUAUGAAUGUUAGCUCAGACAGUUUGUGGCUUGACAUUCUGGAAUUUGCAAAACUCAAAUAUGAGUUUGAGUUGCCAGAGGAUGCAAGGGCACGGGUAAAGAAAGUUUCAGUUAUUCGUAACCUUUGCCAAAAGGUAGGCAUAACCAUUGCAGCUCGCAAAUAUGAUCUUGACUCAGCAUCACCUUUCCAAACAUCAGAUAUCUUAAAUCUCCAACCUGUGGUGAAGCACUCAGUCCCUGUAUGUUCAGAAGCAAAGGACCUUGUGGAAACAGGAAAGGUCCAACUGGCUGAGGGAAUGCUCACUGAAGCCUACACAUUAUUUUCUGAAGCAUUUUCAAUACUUCAACAGGUGACAGGUCCAAUGCAUCGUGAGGUUGCAAACUGCUGUCGGUACCUUGCCAUGGUUCUGUAUCAUGCAGGAGACAUGGCUGGAGCCAUAAUGCAACAGCACAAGGAACUGAUAAUAAAUGAACGUUGCUUGGGUUUGGACCACCCUGAUACUGCUCACAGUUAUGGCAAUAUGGCCCUUUUUUACCAUGGGCUUAACCAAACAGAACUUGCACUAAGGCACAUGUCCCGGGCAUUGCUCCUCCUGAGUCUGUCAUCUGGCCCAGACCACCCUGAUGUUGCUGCAACUUUUAUAAAUGUAGCAAUGAUGUACCAGGACAUAGGGAAGAUGAACACUGCCCUUCGUUAUCUGCAAGAAGCCUUGAAAAAGAAUGAGAGGCUUCUGGGCGAGGAACACAUUCAAACUGCUGUAUGCUAUCAUGCUCUUGCCAUUGCAUUUAACUGUAUGGGUGCUUUCAAGCUCUCUCACCAGCAUGAGAAGAAAACCUAUGAAAUACUUGUCAAACAACUUGGAGAGGAGGAUUCAAGGACGCGAGACUCCCAGAACUGGAUGAAGACAUUUAAGAUGCGUGAGAUCCAGCUAAAUGCACAAAAGCAGAAAGGGCAAGCCUUGAAUGCGGCAUCUGCUCAAAAGGCUAUUGAUAUCUUGAAGUCCAAUCCUGACCUGAUGCAUGCAUUCCAAGCUGCUGCCGCUGCUGGAGGGUCUGGGAGUUCCAGCGCUUCUGCCAGCAAAUCCCUUAAUGCAGCAGUGAUCGGUGACGCCGUUCCCCGAGGAAGAGGAAUUGACGAAAGGGCAGCCCGUGCAGCAGCUGAAGUCAGGAAGAAAGCUGCAGCAAGGGGCCUCUUAAUACGCCCACAUGGUGUUCCAGUCCAAGCUUUCCCACCACUCACCCAACUCCUCAACAUUAUCAACUCUGGUAUGACCCCAGAUGCUGUGGAUAACGAUGAAGCAGAAGCAGCAAAGAAAGAAGCCAAUGGGCACCAAGGCAACGAACCAGCAGACUCAAAAAAUGAACCACCACCCAAAUCAGGGAAAGAACCAGCAGAUGCCAAAAGUGAACAACCCAAAUCAGGCAAAGACGAUCAAGCUCCUGUUGGACUGGGCAAAGGCUUAGCCUCACUGGAUGGCAAGAAGCAGAAAACAAAACCCAAGGUCGCAGCCUGAAGCUUUUACCGGAAGAGUUUUUUUGGCGACUGACCGCACUUCCUAUAGGUAUAGUUAUUUCCCAGUUCUCCGUGAAAUUAGCAAUUUUCGACUGGUUCAAGUGAUUAGCCGUCAGGAUGGUGCUCUCUUCACUUACUAGAAGUUAGAAGAGUAUGUAGACGUGCCAUUGAACACCCUUCUGUAUUCCAUUCUUUCAAUAAUCUUGCUCGUAGGUAAAUGCACUCUGCUCCGGAAUCCGGCGAGCUUCCAACUUAAUUUUCCGAUGCAAAGGUUAAAUAUAUUGUCUGGUCACAAGCUGAUAAAUAAUGUCAGUAAGAUAGACCAUUUUUGUUUUCUUUUGGUUUAUUUAUUUUUCAUUUUUUUUGGGCAUUUCUUGUAGGGUAUUAUUGGGAGCAUUCCAUUAUUAGCUUGGUAUAACUCUUACCCGGUGAACCAUUUAAUAUGUAGCAUAGUCAUAAUUGUCCUUUCAGUUGAGAUGAGUUCCAUUAGCCUUUUCUUUUUAUAUGGGAAUUUAAUUUUUCAGUGA